AUGAAAGUGCUCAACGUCGCGGAGAAGCCGUCGGUGGCCAAGGAGAUUGCCGCGAUCCUGUCCUCUGGUCGCUCCCAGCGUCGCGCUGGAUUCUCCAAGUACAAUGCGCUCUUUGACUUUCCGUAUCAGAUUCGAGGGCAGCAGGUUCAGAUGGUGGUCACGUCUGUGACGGGGCACAUGAUGGAGCUGGACUUUGAUCCGAAUGUCCGGAGCUGGUACUCGUGCGAUCCGGUGGAGCUCUUUAGUGCUCCAGUGACCAAGAGAAUACGCAACGACGAGACCCAGAAGAAGAUCGAGCAGACGCUGUUGAAGGAAGCCAAGCAGAGUCAGUGGCUGGUGCUAUGGCUGGAUUGCGAUCGCGAGGGUGAGAACAUCGCCUACGAAGUCAAGAGCAUCUGUGAAAAGUCCAAUCGGCGCCUGCGUGUCUUCCGCUCCCAUUUUUCGGCUCUAAUACCUCGCGAUAUCAUUUACGCAGUGCAACACUUGUCAGAGCCCAAUGAAAAACUCUCACUUGCAGUUGACGCUCGAUCGGAAAUUGAUUUAAGAAUCGGCGCAGCAUUCACAAGAUUUCAGACAAUGCGCAUUCAAAGCAAAUUUCCCACACUCAAGCGGGAUAGGAGUGUCAUUAGCUACGGUCCGUGCCAAUUUCCUACACUAGGUUUCGUUGUUGAACGAUAUCUCAUGGUACAGAAUUUUGAACGCGAGACAUUUUACUACAUUAGCGUAACACACCAGCAAAACGAGCACGCGGAUGCAGCGAUGACGACUUUUGAGUGGAAGCGCGAGCACCUUUUUGACCGCAUGGCGUGUUUGUGCAUCUACGAGGAUCUGUUGGAUAGCCAAGCAGCAAUAAUCGAGUCGGUUGAUAAGCGCAUUUCUUGGAAACGGAAGCCGCUACCGCUUACGACAGUGGAGCUGCAGAAACGAGCGUCGCGGUGGUUACGGAUCUCGUCGGAGGCAACGAUGAAGGCAGCAGAAAGUUUGUACAAUAAGGGUUUAAUUAGCUACCCCCGAACGGAGACGAGCGCAUUCAAAACAGGCACGGAUCUUAUGGGCUUAGUGCGGCUGCACGAAAAUCAUCAUCAGUGGGGAAAUUACGUGACAGGUCAGCUUUUGGACGGAGGGAAAUACGACGCGCCCCGUCAUGGAAACUCCGACGAUCAGGCACACCCGCCAAUUCAUCCGACCAAAAGUGUUGAUACGAAUACGUUGUUAGAUCCAAACGAGAAGAAGGUGUAUGAAUUUGUCGCUCUUCAUUUCUUAGCGUGCUGUAGUCGGGAUGCCAAGGGUUACCAGACAAAUGUCGUGGUGAAAAUGCUGGGCGAAUACUUUACCGCAUCCGGGCUCAUGGUGGAGGAACGUAAUUAUUUGGACAUCUAUAAAUAUGAGAAAUGGAGCGCAUCCGCGAUUCCCGUUUAUCGGCAAGGGGACGUGUUCCGACCGUCAGCGGUUGUGAUGCUAUCUAAGGAAACGAACCCGCCACCGCUCUUGUCAGAGGCCGAUCUGAUCUCGAAAAUGGAUUCAAACGGGAUCGGGACAGACGCUACCAUUGCUGAGCACAUUAAAACUAUUUUGAAGCGUGAGUAUGCCAUCAAGGUGAACAACAACACCCAGUUCAAACCUACAACAUUGGGGCUGGCGCUAGUUUUGUCGUACGAGCACAUGGGCCUCGAGUUGGCAAAACCGAAACUUCGUGCAGCAAUGGAGAACGACUGCAAGUCAAUUUCGUUAGGACAAAAACAUAUGAGACAAGUGGUGCAGUCGUGCAUGGAUCAGAUGAAAAGCAUCUUUAUAAAAGUCACGCGCAGUGCUGCUGUGCUGGACCAGACUUUUUCAGAACACUUUGGCCUAGCUGUGAACAACCAAGUUGCGAACGGACAGGCCGUGCCACUGCGGGGUGAGCAGCGAGCUGCUUCAGCCAGCGAACCAACUCUUUCCUCUAGGGCAGAAGUGAUACCUCAAAGCUCUGCUUGUACCAAUACAGCAGUUGCAGGCCCACGGGCUGGUGGAAAUACCGACAAUACGAACCAAACAGGACGGCAAGCAACCACACGAAGUCAACAACGAUCGCCCAGCCAUCCCCAGGCACAGAACCGAUCACAACAUGCAUCAAGCAUGUCUGCAAGCGUACCCCGAUGCACUGACCACGGUUUACCGUGCCUCGAAAGAGAAGUCACUCGGGACGGGCCAAAUACAGGACGCAUGUUUUACGUCUGCCCGCUGCCUCAAGGGGAAAAGUGCAAUUUUUUUGCUUGGGUAUCCGGGUCCGACCCGAGCAAUGCCCCUGCUGUGAAAUGUCCUGGUCACAACGAACCGUGUGCCGAGAGAACAGUCGCAAAAGACGGUGUGAACAAGGGACGGCAGUUCUACACGUGUCGGCGUAGCCAAACUGACAACAGCUGCGGGUUCUUUCAGUGGAAAGAUGAGGUUGUUGAGACGUCCGGCAGCUCAGCGACACAGCAUGCUGGCAUAUUGGACACUACCCCACGGUGUUCCGGACACAGUGUCACUUGCGUCCUGCGCAGAACUAAAAAGGUUGGUCCAAACCAAAACCGUGAGUUUUAUUCUUGCAGUCUCGAGGGGACAGAGAGCUGCGGGUACUUCAAGUGGAAAGACGAAACGGAGCCGCGCCUUCGGCAGACCACAUCGUCUUCAAUGCUGCGUCCAGAAGGCAGCGUAGGUAAUACCGGGUUGCCUGUGUGUGGAUGCAGCUUGCCUGGCGUCUUACUGGUGUGUAAGAACGGAGCAAACAAGGGCCGGACCUUUUACAAGUGUCCCAAUCCGCAGGGAAGCCAAUGCGAUUUUUUCCAGUGGGGGUCGUAG